GGACGGAAAGGGAAAAGUCGGCUGCAAUGUCGUCAGUGGCAGAGGGAGGGGGGAGAGCGGAAGGUCAGGGCGCCGCGGAGCGGAAGUAGGAUCCGGAGCGCGUCCGCCAUUGUGGGAAAGCGGAGCCCGGAGCAGGGGAGGGAAGCCGAGCUGUGUCCAGCUGGUUGCUUUCGGAGGCGCCGACCAGACUAGAAGUGCCCGGGCUGCGGAGACAGGCGGCGGCGGCGGGGAGAGCGGCGGAAAAGGCGGCGGCGGUGGGGAAUUGAGGAAGCGCGGGAGGAGGAGGCCCAAGCGGAGCGGGGUGAGGGGAUUGCGGCUCCCCGUGAAGAAUGUCAGCCACCAGCGUCGACCAGAGACCUAAAGGACAGGGAAAUAAAGUUUCAGUGCAAAACGGUUCGAUUCAUCAAAAGGAUGCAGUAAAUGAUGAUGAUUUUGAGCCAUAUCUAAGUAGCCAGACAAAUCAGAAUAAUAGCUAUCCACCAAUGUCAGACCCAUACAUGCCUAGUUAUUAUGCUCCAUCCAUUGGAUUUCCAUACUCUCUGGGUGAAGCGGCAUGGUCCACAGCAGGAGAUCCUCCAAUGCCAUACUUGACAACUUACGGACAGAUGAGCAAUGGUGAACACCACUACAUCCCUGAUGGUGUCUUUAGUCAACCUGGGGCUUUAGGAAACACCCCUCCAUUCCUUGGUCAGCAUGGAUUUAAUUUUUUCCCUGGGAAUGCAGAUUUCUCAACAUGGGGGACAAGUGGAUCUCAGGGACAAUCGACUCAAAGCUCUGCUUACAGCAGCAGCUAUGGCUACCCACCUAGCUCUCUCGGUAGAGCAAUAGCCGAUGGACAGGCUGGAUUUGGCAAUGAUACGUUGAACAAGGUGCCUGGUAUUAGCAGCAUUGAGCAAGGCAUGACUGGACUGAAAAUUGGCGGUGAUAUGACAGUCGCUGUGACGAAAACAGUUGGUUCCGCUCUGAGUAGUACAGGUAUGACAAGCAUUGCAGCAAAUAGUGUGCCUGCAGUUAGCAGUUCAGCACCUAAACCAACCUCAUGGGCUGCCAUUGCUAGGAAGCCUGCUAAGCCUCAGCCAAAACUUAAGCCUAAAGGUAAUGUGGGAAUUGGGGGCCCUGCGGUACCACCUCCCCCUAUAAAACACAACAUGAAUAUUGGAACUUGGGAUGACAAAGGGUCUGUGGUAAAAGCUCCCCCAACCCAACCAGUACUGCCUCCUCAGACUAUAUUGCAGCAGCCUCAGCCAUUAAUUCAGCCUCCUCCAAUGGUGCAAAGCCAACUGCCUCAGCAGCAGCCUCCGCCUCAGCCGCCACAAGGACCUCAGCAACAGGCUCAGCCUCAUCAGCUGCAGCAGCAGCAGCUGCAAAAUCGCUGGGUGGCUCCUCGCAAUAGGGGUGUAGGCUUCAAUCAGAGCAAUGGAUCUGGCAAUGAAAACUAUGGUAUAGGUGUUAUACCAGUUAGCUCUUCACCUUCUGGUGUAGAAGUGCACCCAGUAUUGGAGAAACUAAAGGCCAUAAAUAACUAUAAUCCCAAAGACUUUGAUUGGAAUCUGAAGAAUGGUCGUGUGUUUAUAAUCAAAAGCUAUUCAGAGGAUGAUAUACACCGCUCCAUUAAGUAUUCUAUCUGGUGUAGUACUGAGCAUGGUAAUAAGCGCUUGGAUGCUGCCUACCGUUCACUGAAUGGAAAAGGCCCACUCUAUUUACUUUUCAGUGUGAAUGGCAGUGGACACUUCUGCGGAGUAGCUGAGAUGAAGUCUGUGGUGGACUACAAUGCAUAUGCUGGAGUCUGGUCUCAGGAUAAAUGGAAGGGGAAGUUUGAUGUUAAGUGGAUCUUUGUUAAAGACGUUCCAAACAACCAGCUGCGGCACAUUCGCUUGGAAAACAAUGACAACAAACCAGUUACCAACUCGAGGGACACUCAAGAAGUACCCCUAGAAAAAGCCAAGCAAGUGCUUAAAAUAAUUGCUACUUUCAAGCAUACCACCUCAAUCUUUGAUGACUUUGCACAUUAUGAAAAGCGUCAAGAGGAGGAGGAAGCCAUGCGUAGGGAGAGGAAUAGAAACAAACAAUAACUAUAUGGCGAUGGUCCUGCUAGAAUUACAACACUAAUGAUGUGGACUCUGGAAAUGCCUAAUAUGUCUAAGAAGAAGUUAUUAAAGCUUUGUUCCUGCUUAAGGUGACAUCUUUGAACACUUUAACACAAAAUUGACUCUUCUUGUAAUGGUUCUCAUCAGUGCAUCUGCCCUUAUACUCUCUCACCAAACACACUUGAGAACUGUAACUUCGUCAAGCACUUUCUGUCCUGAAGCUUUUACCAGUAUCUGCUGUCUUUUGUAAUUAUGCAUCCUAGCUAAGGCACAGGAGAUGGAACGAAUGCAAGGAUUCAUUAACUCUUUGAAUUUGUUAAAUACUAACAAUUAACCAUCAUAAGUGGUUCAAUGAUGUGAGAUUCACAUUGCUUCAACUUUAUUUUUCUUUGAUGUAGUUUUUUAAUUGUCAGUUUUUAGCUAUUCAACAGAAUUUAAAGCAAAAUCAUGCCAUAUUUAGUCCUGGAGUAAAACUCAAGUCUAAAUGUUCAUGUGAAAAUUAUUGUAGUAAACUUUUAAUAUGGCAAAGCAACUUUGAGCUGCAGUUUAGCCAAAUGAAUUAUAACAUGAAAUUAUAUUAGAAUGACAUUUCCCUUGUUUCAAACUGUUUGGUGUAGAGAAUAUUAAUAUAUGCAGCUUGGUGGGCCGCACCAAUUAAUGCACAUUUCCUUUUUUUCCUGUAACAUGUAUACCGAAAAAAGUGCAUUUGUCUGAGGAAACUGUUUGUUUGCUACCACUCAAUCUCAGUUUUGAGUACAUGUACCUCAGUCUAAAUCAGACUUUUUAUGACCUUUAUAACUAUACUUAAAAUCUUUAAUUCCUAUUUCUGGGUGUUUGCAAGCCUGAAAAGAUUGCUAUCAUGGAAGUGAAAAUUUACUCCUCUAGGUGAUUCACUAGCUAAAUAAACAUAAUUCUUGUUUUAGCAAGCAUAUACUCUGUUUCUCAAAUUUUGUUUGUUCCCAGCUCUGAAUAUUAUAGUCUGAUAUUCUUUCAAUUCAAAAUACUUUGGGAAAUAAACGUUUAUCCAUGGUUUCAGUUUGUAUGCUCAUGGAUGUGUUUACAUGUUAUCUGUUAGAGCUAUAUAAUAAAAGCCUAGGUACCAUAUUCACCUGAA